AUGCAUACUCAACAACUUACACAUAUUGUCGUCGGUCCUGGCCCUGAUGAUGUUGCGCCAAUUGCCAAUCACAACAUUGACACAGCUAGCUUUGCUCGGGAGGAAGCCCUUCUACAAGAAUCAGUCCUCAAGCUAUGCCCUGCCAAUCUCUGGCAUAAUGGCUCCUAUGCUUCUGGCUGCCCACGACCUGUACUCGUUGGCGAGCAUCAUCAGCAGCAGAUGAAGGAUCUGCACGAGGCUUUGACAGCAGCCAUUACAGAUAUUGUGCAACGAUGGUGGAGUGACACAGAUGCGCGGUUCCCCGAACGCAUGCCAUUGGAGCCCAGAGAAGAGGAGCUGCUACAAUGGAUCGAGACUCAGGUUGGGAUCGGCAACUUGGCUCCAUUCUCACAGCGUCUUGGCUCAUGGCGCCCUGAUUUCCUGGUCGAAGAGACAGCUAAGCUUCAAGAGAACUACUGCAUCACCGAGAUAAAUGCACGGUUCUCCUUCAAUGGCUUCAUGCAUGAAGCGUAUGGCCAGGAAGCUAUCAAUCGGAAUGUGCGGGGUGAAGAAACAGGUCUGAUUGGGGCGACGGAUCCAAUGAUGAUCCUACAGGGUUUGUUCAGCUUGUUCGAUCCAAGCUAUCCCCUGCAUCUCCUCAAGGGCGACGAAAAGGGUAUUGAUAUUCACAUGUUUAUUGAUGCUGUACAGCGUCGCUUUGGCAUCAAGCCAAGACUUGUUACCCCGGAACAGCUGAGAUUACUCCCAGACGCACGCAGUAAGAUUGGAUACCGACUUUGCUGCGUCGUAAAAGAUAUCGAUGAGCCGGCGGUCAAUAGCUGGAGGUUCAAAGCCAAGAAUGGAGAGGUCUGGGAAGAGAUUCACCAAGUUGGGCUGGAACUGCAUCAGCGGGAACUUGAUGCCUUGGACAUCGAUGUGUUACGACAGAUAAGCCUCAGAUGCUUCAAUGACAUGCGUACCGUGUUACUCGUCCACGACAAACGCAUGCUGGGUAUCAUACGACAAGAGUUACCCACACUGGUGUCCCGUGGCGUUCUGACAGAGAUGCAAGCUGAGGCUCUUGAAAGUAACAUCGUGGACACGAUCCUUCCUGGUUCCAAGGAGUUGGACACUCUCAUUCAAGCAGGUCCCCAGUCCCGCCAGGGAUACAUUCUCAAGCCUAUUCGCAGUGGCAAGGGAGAUGGCAUCAUCUUUGGCGACGAUUUGACAGGUGAUGAAUGGACGGCUCGUCUCCGGGGUCUCAACUCGGCCAAUAUCAUUCCUGGGGUAUCGUGUGUUGUACAGCGACGCAUCGUUCCCAUUGAUUACGACCUUGCGUUACGUGCCUCGGUGGGAAUGGUGCGAUAUCCUUUGGUAGGCACAUAUCAUGUCGCCAAUGGUAAGCUAUUGGGGCUUGGAACAUGGAGAGCUAGUGGAGGACGCAUCGUCGCUGUGUCUUCAGGAGGAUCAUGGCUUUGCUCUGUGAUGAGAAAGUAG